AUGAAUAUGACCCACCCUAUCACGGAUAUCAUUGCCGAAAAGGAUCAUGCGUGGUCCAAAGAAGCCGUCUUCGCCCUAGUCACCUUAUUCGUUAUGGUAAUACUGUCUGGUCUGGGUUUGGCAUUCAAGAACCGCUUGAAGGCCUCAGACCUAUGGAUGUGGUACAGAUGGCGGAGAAGAUCCAUGGAUGAGGUAGAACUUGCCACACUCCGUACUAGAACAAUGGCUUCUGGCUGGGUUGGCAUCGAGGAUGUCCGGCGAUACCAGCAGGCUACGUACACAUCGGUUCUUCGAACGAGGCGCGGACCAAGACCAUCGCGAGCGUCGAGCCGAAUCAGUGGUGGAUCCCGAUGAUGGUGCAUAACAAUUGAGCUGAGAAAGGACAGAAUCUGGGUAGUGAUAGGGGAUGCGACAUUGUCUGGGUUCGAGGACAACAGGUCGCUGUCAGUUGGAGUGCAAUAAAGCGCGGACGAUGAUGAUCGGGUUUCUUUCUUUUUGAUCAUCCUUAGAUGUUAGCUGUGGUGUGAGUGAUCUACGAAUGAAUGUGUUGUUGUAAGUCGCAAAUCCCACCUACAUGUUUGUGAGACACUCACCUGCUGCUGUAUAGCAUGCAAUGCCAACAAGGCUGAAGGCCUCUUCGAGUCGCCGCUCAAGCCCUGCUUGUCAGCAUAUCCAAUCAGACACGCAUUUCAGCAAAUAGCGCUCAAUAAAGUGAUUUGGAAUGUCCUUGUGGCAUGUGCAGUAUGCGAGCGAAAUCUCGCUGGUCUGGUACAAU